AUGCAGCCUGCCAUGUUCACUCCAAACCAUUAUUCCGCAACACAACAACAACAACAAUCAUUAGCCACCACAGCACAACAACAACUGAUGCAACAACAACAGAUGAGACGGACGACUCGCUCUUCGCAGCGGUCUCCGGCAGUACCGCCAGCAUCUACAACGAUGCAAAGUAUGCCUCCACAAGUCGUGCAAGGCCAUUCCCACCAGAUGCAGUAUCAGACAAUACCUGCUACGCAUCUACAAGCGAAUGGCCCCAAGCAGCUGUCGUAUAGCCCGUCUCUUUAUGUUGCCAGUCCUGAUCAGCAGAUGUUGACGGGACGACCUGCAAGCGUAAAUCCAGCAUAUAGCACGCCAGAAAUCCAAUUCCAAUUCCCAAACUUCGAGGACAUUGAAGACUCUUCUCUCCUAACCACCACUUCCUCUCAUCCAUACCAAACACAGCUUCAAUCUCAUUCUCCAGACCACCAAUUAUUACAGGACUUGCAGGGGACGGUGAACCCUGCUUAUAAUCCCGCAGAUCUCCAAUUUAGUUUCUCCCAAUUUGACGACCCUUCUAUGAUGGCUGCUGCUGGAGGGGGAGGCCCUCCUCAUCCCUCUAAUCCCUUCCAAGGGCAGCUGAAUUCGAAUUCGCCUGAUCCAAUGCUGGGAGGUGAUGCCUUUCGGUAUCGUGUGAUGCAAUCCAAUAGUAAUGGUGGUGACCCGGUUGGCCAAAGGGCCAUUUCUCCUCUUUUUACUCGACAGCAACAGCAGCAGCAGCAGCAACAUCAACAGCAGCAACAGCAACAACAGCAGCAACAUCAUCAUCAUCAGCAGCAGCAGCAGCAGGCCGUAUUGAACUCUAGUGUCGGUGUCGGUGUCGGUGUCGGCGCACCGAGUAAGCAGAAUAACGGCAUGUAUUCGCAGGACGCUGCUGACUGGAGGGCCGGUGCCAAUGGUUUGUAUGCUCUGGACCAGUAUCUUGGUGUCCAAGGCCAGUUCCCAUCCUCGACGGGAGGUACCCCUCAAUCUCAUGCUUCGGUUUCCGGACCUGUUCGUCAAAUGCCCAUAAAUCAGCAACCAGUACAAAACCCAAGUGUCAAGCAGCAGAUGAUAUCUGUUGGACCUUCGGAUGACAUUGUUGAAACAAUGACCCCAAAGCCGUUGGCUGUCGAUGGAGCCGGUGAUAGCGAUGUUAAGCCGAAGGUAACGAGGAAGAAGAAGCAGCAGCAGAGUGCUGUAGCUGUAGCGUCGUCACCGAAGUUAGUGAAUGGGUCAACACAUAUGAUGAUGGAUAUGGAGAGGUUGAUACUCUUUGACGUCAAUAUGGACGAAGAAGUCGUGUAUGAUCCCACUGGUUCUGUUACCCUGUCUUAUGAACCCGUUGCUCCUAUGAACGCCAAAUCACCAAACUCAACCGACUCUCCAGACCCAGCAAUGGCUUUAGAAACUAAUAACAACAAGAAGGCCAAGGCCAAGUCCAAGGCGAAGGCAGUUAAGGUGGUACCAAAAGAUCCAAUUGCACAAAUGAAGAGCCGUAUGUUAGACGCUCUUGAAGACGAUGAUGUUCCUGCCUCCAAAGUUCUCAUAAUCUGUCGAGAUGAAUUGAAGGCCAUUGCCGAAGAUGAUUCUGAUAGCAACGAGAAAAUCGUCGCGUGGUUGAAGACAGUAUUUGAUCAUGGAUUUGAUGACCUGUUCCGUUUGAUGACCAACACUAGUCUCUUCAUCACCAGAAUCCGAAAAUGGAUAGUUGAUGCUUGGAAGGCGGAUAAAAUGAGUGCCAUUGUACUUCACGGCCUACAGGUUUAUCAAAAACUAGCUCUCGACGAGGAUCAUCUAGAAAGGUUCAAGCUUAGAUCUGUGUUUUCUGUCUUUUCAAAAGGUACAAGAGACGAGAAAGUGAAACAGGCCUGUGCACAUAUCCUAUCAAGAGCUGCCAAACUCACUGCUAAGCAAGAGGCUGAAGCUAAAAAGGCAGAGGCUAAGGCCAAAGCUGAAGCAUCAAAACCUGCGUCUACCAAACCCUCAACCGAAAAUGUUAAGACUGAUGGUGGGGUUGCUGCGGCAAAGCCAACUGCGGCAUCGAAAUCAGCAGAUAGUGAAGCUAUCCUUAAGGAUGCUGCAAAGAUUGCAAGCUUAGCAAACGAGGACAAUAAGACAGGGAAGCGAAAGACGGAGCUCUUGGAGAAGGACCACCCCAGCAAAAGGGUCGCCCCGAAUCCACCCUCCGAUAAGUCCAAGAUUCAGCUCCCGAUUGCUCCUGAUGGAUCAAAGCCUUCCAUUGCCGGAGGAGCUGCUAAGCCUAAGUCAUCAACUGGUGGUUUCUUCGCUGAUAUUCAGAAGGCAGUCAAGCCCAAGCCUAUCCCAGCUGCCCCCCAGCCUGGUGGCUUCACAUCAAUCUUUGAUCUACUCAAGGAGCGAGAAGCUGCUAAUGCCGCCGCCAAGAGUACGACAGUUGCUGAGAAGCCUCCACCCCCAGCUAAGAAGAAGAAGACAGUCCGGUGGAAGCCGGACGAAGAAUUGAAUGAAAUCAGGGUUUUCAAAACGGAGCUCCCCGAAGGAGAGGAUGGUAAUGACCCGAUGGAAGUUGAAGGAGCUAUGGACGCCGGCUUGGUUAAAGCCAAGGUCCGCGCCAAUUUGAAGGAAGAAGCUCAAGCCCUGAAGGACUUUAUGAGCAAGACAAAAAGUCAAGGCUACGUUGAUUUUGACGAUGAUUUCGAAAUGGAUUGGGAUAGUCUGGCGCCCAUUCUCAUUGAUCAUUUGGCCCCGCAGUAUAUCCGGGGCCUUUGCUUCAAGAGAAUGGGCGAUCAGCGUGCUGAAAGCCAGGAGGCGAAGGCCCAACAGGAACGCGAGAGAAACGUCCUCGCUGUUCACUACUCCAUGUCCCAUCCGGCCCCGCCCAACCCCUCAGAGCUUGCUAGUGCCACAGAGGUGGAACAGUCAAGCGAAGCCUGGGAUGCUCCCCUGCUUUUACCGCCACCCAACUGGAGGCGUGAUGGUAACUACCUCUUCGCUGACCCAAAUCAGCGGAAGAGCAUGGCUCGAGAGUUCAUGCCACAGCCUGCUCCUCCAACCGCUCCUCCUCCUACUGCUCCGAUAGACCUUACGAGCAUUUUUGCAAAUCUCGGAGGUGGGCAGUCAGCCUCUGCCCCUGUUCAGCCGGUAUCUGCCCCACAGGAGCCCCCCAAGGCCAAUCAAUUGGCAUCCAUCCUGGCCGAGCUACAAAAGUUGGCACCUACAACUGCACCUGCACCUGCUCCCGCCCCAGCUCCCGCCCCCGCCCCCGCUGUCCAGGCUCCCCAGCCAGCCUCGACACCUACCCCGGUACAGAACAACCCACUGCAAAGCAACCCACUUCUUGCUUUCCUCGGCCUUCAGAGCCAAACUCCACAGCCUCAGGCUCCAGCCCAACCGCAGAUCGAUAUUGCCAAAGCUCUCCAACAGUUAGUUCAGCAGCAGCAGCAGCAGCAGCAGCAGCAACCGCAGCAACAAAUACAACCGCAGCCGCAACCACCGCAACCGCAGCAGCAGCAACAACAGGCCCAGGCAAACCCUUUUGGAAAUAUUCCAUUCCCUUUUAUGCUCCCUCAACAAGCUGGCCAGGCUCCCGCCUUUCCGUUUAAUAUGCCAUUCCCACCGCCGCUUCUCCCUGGCCAGAAUCCGCUAGAAAUGAUGGCAAUGUACCAGGCAAUGGCAGCUCAAGCUCCCCAACAGCCCCAGACUACUCCAACCCCACAAUUCGGACAAACUGUCGCUGACACGCUCCCGAAUUUCCGCAACAUGGCGAUUCAGCAGACCAAUGACGUCAAGAUGAACGAUGACAGCGAUGGCUACCAACCCCCCGAACAAACUCAAACGGAAAAGGCUUACCAGGAUAAUAGCCAUAAUAACAACAAUAAUGGGAACAACGGACCCAAAGAAGGAAAGGGUAGCUGGUCUAAGUUUGGCAAGAAGAAGAAGCACGCUUACCAGGAUCAACCGCCAUAUAAGAAACACAAAGGCGACUCUGGGCACGGUGGGAAACGUGUUUGUGCUUUCUGGCAAGCUGGAAACUGUUUAAAGAAGGAUGACUGUCAAUACUCCCAUGAUGGACCACCAGGACAAGGGGGGUCCGAGCAAGCUGAUCAGAUACGGCAACACCUCUACGGGAAGGACUCCGGCGAUGGUGGGAGAGGCCACGAAAAGAAACACAAGAAGUUCAAGAAGAGAACAGGAUACGUUGGUGGCUCUGGCUCGGCAGCUGAUACUGCGGCUGCAAGUGCAUCGAACGAUUGGAACGGUGAGAUGGAAUACUAA